GUGCGGCGGGCGGUGCCGGAGCACGGGCUCUGCUGCUGGGGCCGCGGUCCUCUCCGGCCGACCACUCCGGAGUUCUCUUGCGUCUCUGAUCGCCCCCCCAGCCCCUACACACACCCAGCCUCCCUCCGCCCCUCGCUCGCCCGGGCUGUGUGCGUGAGAUGGCCCCGCGGAAAAAUGCCAAGGGCGGCGGUGGCAACAGCAGCAGCAGCGGCUCGGGCAGCGGCAGCCAGGGCUCCGGCAGUAGCGGCGGCAGCAGCGGCAGCAGCAGCAGCGGCGGCAGCAGCGGCAGUAGCAGCAGCGGCGGCAGCGGCAGCUCCGGGAGCCGGAGAGAGACAAAGCAUGGAAGCCACAAGAAUGGGAGGAAAGGAGGCAUUUCUGGAAGCUCAUUUUUCACAUGGUUUAUGGUCAUUGCAUUACUCGGAGUCUGGACGUCAGUAGCUGUCGUUUGGUUUGAGCUGGUUGAUUAUGAGGAAGUUUUAGCCAAAGCAAAGGACUUCCGUUAUAAUUUAUCAGAGGUACUUCAAGGAAAACUGGGAGUUUAUGAUGCUGAUGGUGAUGGAGAUUUUGAUGUGGAAGAUGCCAAGGUUUUAUUAGGCCUUAAAGAAAGAUCUGCUUCAGAGCCAACUGAGCUGCCAGACGAGACCGAACAAUACCCUUGGCUGGAAGAGCCAAUUCCUGAGAGCAGAGAGUCUCAGAAUAUUGAAGUAUUUGAUAAAGAAGAUGAAGUACAAGAGCAAAUUCAGCCUCACCUCCACAAAACAGCAUCCACAGAACAUGGAAAUGUCCUGCUACAAGAAGAUGAUGAACCAACAAGAGAACAGGAACCAGAAGAUAAUUUCCUCAGAGCGAGUACUGCAAAUGAUAACUUUGAGGCCCCAGACACUGCACCCUUUUAUGAAGCUGAAAUUAGUUACCAAGUAGAAGAUGACAGAGCAAUACCAGACUAUAAUCAGGACGUAGACGAAGCAAUGUAUGAACAAGAAAAUCCAGAUGCCGGUGAACACUUAGGCACUGAGGAUGAAAGGAUACUACAUGAUGCAGAUAAUGUAAUAUACCAAGACUAUGAUGAUCAAGAAAUGCCUCUGCCACCUGAAGAACAGGAAGUACCACCAGCAACAAAUAGAAAAACAGAUGAUCCAGAACAAAAAGAAAAAGUUAAGAAAAAGAAGCCUAAACUGUUAAAUAAAUUUGAUAAAACUAUCAAGGCUGAACUUGAUGCUGCAGAAAAACUCCGUAAAAGGGGAAAAGUCGAGGAAGCAAUGCAAGCAUUUGAAGAGCUGGUACGAAAAUAUCCUCAGAGUCCACGGGCCAGAUAUGGGAAGGCGCAGUGUGAAGAUGAUUUGGCUGAGAAGAGGAGGAGCAAUGAGAUCCUCCGUGGGGCCAUAGAGACUUACCAGGAGGUGGCCGACCUGCCUGACGCCCCCGCGGAUCUGGUGAGGCUGAGUUUGAAGCGGCGCUCAGAGCGACAGCAAUUUCUAGGUCACAUGAGAGGGUCCCUGCUCACCCUCCAGAGAUUAGUUCAACUCUUUCCGGAUGAGACUUCUUUAAAGAAUGACCUUGGAGUGGGGUACCUCUUGCUCGGGGAUAAUGACGGUGCCAAGAAGGUGUAUGAAGAGGUUCUGAACGUGAAGCCUAAUGAUGGCUUUGCUAAAGUGCAUUAUGGCUUUAUCCUGAAGGCGCAGAACAAGAUCGCUGAGAGCAUUCCCUAUUUGAAGGAAGGAAUAGAAUCUGGGGAUCCUGGUACAGAUGACGGGCGAUUCUAUUUCCACCUGGGAGAUGCCAUGCAGAGGGUUGGGAACAAAGAGGCAUAUAAGUGGUACGAGCUGGGACACAAGAGGGGACAUUUUGCAUCUGUUUGGCAGCGCUCGCUCUAUAACGUGCAAGGACUGAAAGCACAGCCCUGGUGGACCCCCAAAGAGACAGGCUACACCGAAUUGGUUAAAUCCUUAGAAAGAAACUGGAAGUUAAUUCGUGAUGAAGGCCUUGCAGUGAUGGAUCAGUCCAAGGGUCUCUUCCUGCCUGAAGAUGAAAACCUGAGGGAGAAGGGGGACUGGAGCCAGUUUACACUGUGGCAACAAGGAAGAAAGAAUGAAAAUUCCUGUAAAGGAGCUCCCAAAACCUGCUCUCUACUAGAUAAAUUCUCUGAGACAACAGGAUGCAGAAGAGGACAGAUCAAAUAUUCUGUCAUGCACCCAGGAACUCACGUGUGGCCACACACGGGGCCCACUAACUGCAGGCUCCGAAUGCACCUGGGCUUGGUGAUUCCCAAGGAAGGCUGCAAGAUCCGAUGUGCCAACGAGACCAGGACGUGGGAAGAAGGCAAGGUGCUCAUCUUUGACGACUCCUUUGAGCAUGAGGUGUGGCAGGAUGCCACAUCUUUCCGGCUGAUAUUCAUCGUGGACGUGUGGCACCCAGAACUGACAGCCCAGCAGCGACGAAACCUUCCUGCAAUUUAAUGUGUUCUGUAGGCUCAGAACAUGCAACAGAGAGGCUGUCUUUUGGAUUCUUACAAAGCGGGAUAGAAGGUUGAAUACCAAGGUCCUUAAUUCCCUCAACUUGUAGCCUAAUAAACUCUAAAUUUCCUCCGAGGGCUAGAAGACACUAAGGAAUAUUUGCCUGAAUGCAAUUCAUUUAGAAAAUUCCCAGCUGUAUUUCAUGCCAGAGAGCACCAGUCUGAUGUCUGUAUUUCAGGUGAACAUGUAGUUUCUUCCUUGCCAGCCAAAGAUACCUUUCCCGAUACACAAGGACUAAAUCAGUGUACAAAGAAAAUAUAUGUAGAAACUGUGAAUAGAUUAUUUAGUUUGCAAUCUUUCUAUGCAGUUCUAAUUAUUGUUAGUAAAAUGCAUUCAUGAUAAAAGCAGUUUUAUUUUCUUUAUACAAAGGACAAAGAUGGAAUUAUGCCAGUAUCUGUGAAUGUACCACUCAGUUCUCUUUGUUUUAUCAUUAUUAUUAUUAUUAUUAUUUUCAUUGAAAUAGUCUUAAUUUCUCUCCUUACUAUGUCAAUAGUGCAGG